AUGGUAGAUUACUUGGACCAGACCAUUGACGUUGCCCGGGUGGAUGCACAGCACCUCAUCAUCGCUGGCUAUUUCAAUGCGCACAACACUGCCUGGCUGGGCAGCAGUAGAACAACUCCAGCUGGGGAGAAACUGGAGGACCUCUGCGCACUACAUCACCUCCAGCAGCAUGUGACGGAGCCUACUCGUGGAAAUGCCCUCCUCGACCUCAUCAUGAGUGACCUGGGCAACCCGACGGUCCGGCUCGGCUCCCCAAUUGGUAGAUCUGACCACGCCACCAUCUUGGCGGAAUUCAAGACAGAACUAUGUCGAGAGCCCAAGACGGCCAGAACAGACUGGCAAUAUGGCCGCGCUGACUGGGACAGACUAAACAACCACCUUAGGAGUGUGGACUGGGAUGCCCUCAUGUCUGAGGAUGCAAACAGCAGCUGCACCAAUAUUUCCUCUGCCAUCAUAGAUGGAAUGAACCAGUUUAUCCCAUCCCAACUUCUCUGUACUCGGCCCUCUGAUCCCGCUUGGUGGACGCCAGCUUGCAGCAAGGCCGUGAAGGCGAAACAGAGUGCCUGGAAGUUCCUCAAGAGACGACCAGACUCGCCCCAAUGUCAAGCUAACUAUACUCUCGCUGUCCACCGGUCUUCUGAUUGCCUACGUGAUGCCCAGAAUCACCAUCUAGCAAUAGUCCGUGCACGACUCCAGACCGGCAGCCUUCGAGAUAAACAGUGGUGGUCAACCAUCAAGCAGUCCAUCGGAACCUCCCGAAAUAGCUCCAUCCCGAUUCUUGUCGACCCUGCUGGCAAAGAGCAUGCCACGAACAUCGAGAAAGCAAACUGCCUCGGUCACUACUUCGCGGAGAAAUGUAGCCUUGGUGCCAAUGACCUGCCAGACACACCUCUGCCCCCUAUUCGCCAACGCACAGGCAAUAGGCUGAAGACCGUACACUUCCGCCCUGUCACAGUCCAGCGAGCUCUCAAGAACCUGGACGCUUCAAAAGCAACUGGCCCUGACGGCAUUCCGGCGCAAGUGCUCAGGAAGUCAGCGCAGUCACUCGCCAGCCCUCUGGCAAAGCUAUUCACCCAGUGCUUCCGGGACGGGGUGCAACCUGCAUCCUGGAAGAUCGCGAACGUUGUCCCUAUUUUCAAGAAAGGCUCCAAGUCUACCCCGAAGAACAACGUCCGAUUUCCCUCCUCUCUAUACUCUCUAAGGUGA